AUUAGUAGGAAAAGUGAAUGGGUUAGGAAUAAAGCAAAAGGCAGAGGCAGGUUGACUCACUGGUUCUGGCUCUGCCUCUCUCCGUGAACAUGGAUUUGGACCUCUGGAUCUCCAAGGUCAAAGAUGGCCAACAUCUUCUCGAAGAAGAGCUUCAACUUCUCUGCGAAUAUGUAAAAGAGAUCCUUAUUGAGGAGUCCAAUGUACAGCCUGUCAAUAGUCCAGUAACUGUUUGUGGUGAUAUUCAUGGUCAAUUCCAUGAUCUAAUGAAACUUUUCCAAACUGGGGGUCACGUGCCUGAAACAAAUUAUAUUUUUAUGGGAGACUUUGUUGAUCGAGGUUACAAUAGUCUUGAAGUUUUCACCAUCCUUUUACUUCUAAAAGCUAGAUAUCCAGCUAAUAUUACCCUUUUACGUGGAAACCAUGAAAGUAGACAAUUAACUCAGGUCUAUGGAUUUUAUGAUGAAUGCCAGAGGAAGUAUGGCAAUGCCAAUGCUUGGCGGUAUUGUACAGAUGUGUUUGACUAUCUAACACUUUCUGCAAUUAUUGAUGGAACUGUGCUUUGUGUUCAUGGUGGCCUUUCUCCUGAUAUUCGAACAAUUGAUCAGAUAAGGGUCGUUGAACGGAAUUGUGAAAUUCCUCACGAGGGUCCUUUCUGUGAUCUAAUGUGGAGUGAUCCUGAAGAUAUUGAAACAUGGGCAGUCAGUCCCCGUGGAGCAGGUUGGCUUUUUGGAUCCAGGGUCACUUCUGAGUUCAAUCACAUAAAUAAUCUUGAUCUUGUUUGUCGAGCACACCAACUUGUUCAAGAAGGUCUUAAGUAUAUGUUCCAAGACAAAGGCCUUGUAACUGUAUGGUCUGCACCUAAUUACUGUUACCGAUGUGGAAAUGUUGCUUCUAUUCUGAGUUUCAAUGAAAAUAUGGAAAGAGAAGUAAAAUUUUUCACCGAAACAGAGGAGAACAAUCAAAUGAGAGGGCCCAGGACAGGCGUUCCAUAUUUUUUGUAAUUUUGUGCAAAUUUUGCUUGAAUUUAUUGUAAAAUUGUAGUAAUACAGUAAAUGCAUUUAAUGAUUGGACAUUGAUAGUCAUGUAUUAGUGCUUUGCAUUUAUCUUUUAAAGGGGGACCUUAUUGGUCACAAGAUUACCAAUCCAACUAUCUUAGCAUCAUCAUCGGGUCGCACGGAUAAUUUUAUAUUUAAAUUUUUAUUGAAAAUGAUAUUUUAUGCUUA